AUGGCAUAUGAAAGACAUGAAAAUAUGUUAAUGGCUAUUGCUCGUGACUUUAGUUCUAUAGAUGAUUUAAUAGAAAUGUUUUUGUCAUUUUUAGAAAAUAAAACUGAUUAUUUUCAUUUAAUGAUUAAUGAAGAAGAUAUAAAAACUUUAUCAAAGAAGUAUGAAGGUAGUAUGCUUAAAAAUAUCUUAAAUAAUAAUCAUUGUGGUUUUAAAGCUAAUAACAGAGAAGACUGUUUAAUGAAAUUAUUUAGAAAACAUCAAUUAAAUUAUAUAAUUAGAAAACAACCGUAUAUUAUUGAAAACGAGGAAAUAAAAAAAAAGUAUUUUCCACUUUGUGAUGAAUUAAUAAAAUUAAAUAAUAUUAAAAUAAAUGAAAAAAUAAAAGAUAAAAACGAAAAUAAGCAAAGCAAAGAGGAUACAAAAACAACAAUUAAUGUACCUUAUGAAAAUCAUAUAUCAACAUGGAAUGGUGGGAAAACUGAUAAAUAUUAUUGGAAUCAAUCAUUAAAUGAAAUAAAUUUAGAAGUUCCUUUAAAUAAAGAAGUUAAAACUAACGAAAUCAAUGUUGAAAUAACAAAUAAAAAUAUAAAAAUAUAUCACUCAAAUGAAUUGAAAUUAGAAGGAGAAUUUUAUGAAGAAGUAAAUAAACAAGAAUGCAUGUGGAGUAUCGAAGACAAGAAGAAAAUAGUAGUUUUUUUAGAAAAAAAAAGAGAAAAUUGGUGGCCAUGCGUAUUAAAUGGAGAUCCUGAAAUAGACACAAAAAAAAUAGAAUCAAAAAAGAAUUUAACUGAUUUUGAUGAAAAAACACAAGGAGAAAUAAGGAAAUUUUUACAUGAACAAAAAUUAAAAAAUGAAGGGAUACAAUCACCAGAAGAAAUAAGAAAACAACAUUUAUUGACAAAUGCUUUAAACAGUAAAGGAUCUCCAUUUAAAUAA